AUGCCUAAGAGCUUUAUUCUAUUAAAGAAUAAAACAACACCUAGCGACCCUUACGAAGAAAUAAUUUCAAGUCAUGAGCACAAAUCUCACUUCAUUCCCUUGCUAAACCAUUCUCACUUGGAUAAGAGCGAAAUUGUACAGCAUCUCAUUUCUUCUAGUUUCGUUGAAGACACUUACGCAUUUAUAAUAACUAGUCAAAGAGCGGUGGAAUGUUUCAAUGAGUGUAUAUCCAUGAUAACAGAUGAAGAGAUAAGACAAAAAUUAUUUAAUAAACCUGGGUACACGGUGGGUCCAGCUACUGCUGACAUUCUUGCAAAGUCUGGCUUUCUUGAUAUAAGAGGUGGUUUACAUGCAGGCAAUGGUUCCAUACUAUCUGACAUAAUCAUAGAUGAUCUAUCACCUCCGACAAGAGAGAAGAAACUAUUGUUUUUUACAGGCGAGAUCAGAAAGGAUAUCAUUCCCAAGAAGAUAAAAAAGGCUGGAUUCGAUUUAAAAGAAAGAGUUUUGUAUAGGACCGAAUCUAGGGAUGACAUCGUGAACAAUUUCGAAGAAUGCUGUUCCAAUUUGCACCCAACCGGCGAUAACUGGUUGAUAUUUUUCAGCCCACAAGGAACAGAGACUUUUGUAGAGUACUUGGUGAAUUCCGAAAACAAAUUGAAUUUUAAAGUAGCAUCCAUAGGCCCUACUACUCAGUUAUAUUUGGAAGAAAAUGGAGUUGUUCCCUGUGUUGUUGCUACCAAGCCAACUGCACCCUCUUUGAUAGAGGUGAUAAACAAUUAUCAAGAGUAA